AAGAAAGAAAAAUAAUAUAAAAAAUAAAAAGUUUUGAAUGGGUUACUGACAAGAAGAGAAGAAAAAAUAAACAAAGUGUUUUUGAAUGGUGGACGGCACAAGUGUUUUGAAUGGUGAUAGGCAUGCAAUUGGCAUGGCUACUUGCCUACUUGGCAUGCAAUUGGCAACCUCCUAUAAGUGAACCUAUAUGGUUCACAAAUCCUCCAUUGCAAUUUGCAUUUGUGCUCUUAUUUCAACUUUAUACUUUAUAGGAAAUCUGAGAGAGAGGUGGAAGGCAUGAAUCCUUCUCUGUAUGAAGCAGCUGCAACUGGUGAUGUUGGCUUCUUGGAAGGACUUCUAACAGCUGAUCUCUCUCAGAAAACACCUAAAGAGAACAAUAUUCUUCACAUUGCAGCUGAAUUCAAGCAAAUAAACUUCUUCAAAAAAGUGAAAAAAAAUCCCGAAUCUCCCCGGUUUUGGGCCACCAACAAGAAUGGCGAAACUCCUCUACAUGUUGCUGCGAGAGUAGGUUGCGGUGAAGUAGUAACGUUCCUCAUUGAGCACACAAAAGCGGAACCUAUGGAAGUGGUUGAUCUUGAUCCAGAAAAGGCACCAACUGACGGUGAAGCUUACAAAAAACUACUCCGAAUGCCGAAUUUGGAAAUGGAUACAGCACUGCAUGUUGCUGUUCGAUACAAUCAUGCUGGAGUAGCGAAGAUUUUGCUGAGUGCUGAUCCUGAAUUGUGUUGUUCAUUUUACAGCACCAGGGAGUCACCCCUGUUCCUAGCUGUUAGAGCCGGGUCUACCAGCAUUGCUGAUUAUAUUUUAAAAAAGACUCCGGAUCAUGAAUCUCUUUCUUUUCAGGGAACAAAUGGUGUGACCGCUUUGCACGCAGCAGCCACUCGUAUACCCUUCGCCAAGAAAGGAAUUGUGCAAUCUAUGGUUACCAAAAAUCCUGGGAUGGUCGAAGUUCGUGAUGAAAUAGGGUGGACUCCAUUACACUACGCAUCACUGAGAGGGAACCUUAAAGCAGCUCAACUACUGAUUCAAAAUUGCAAAACUUUCAAAUUUGCUUGUUACAUCAAAGACGAGCUUGGCAUGUCAGCUCUCCACGUCGCGGCAUAUGCAGGGCACACCCAAAUAAUUGAAGAGUUGAUCGGACGUUGUCCUGAUAUUUGUGAUUGUGUCAAUCACAAGGGCCAAACAGCUCUACAUGCAGCAGUUUUAGGCGAAAAGAUAAAUGUUGUGAAGUACGUUUUGAAGACGCCUAGGCUUGCGAGACUUAUAAACGAAGCAGAUAAUGAUGGAAACACUCCUUGGCAUCUAGCUGCUAUUCAUGAAAAUAGUGAAAUCGUUGCUAUUUUAAGGAGAGACAGGAGGUUGAACAGAACUGCUAUCAAUAAAGAAUUUUUGCAAGUUAGCGACAUUUUGCUCGCCGAGAACACGGGAAGAAAGGAAAUCGUAAAAAGUCGCAAUGUUUUGAACUGCCUGGCAAGAGACGUUGUCGUUACCGUGCCAUAUUAUCAACAAAAAAUCAAGCAGGAGUUCAAGAAAUUUGGAUCCCAAGGGGAAAGCAGUACGUCUGAGACACUGGUCAAUACUACAAAUACGAGAGAAAACUUGCAGGCUUAUUUGGCUCAGACCUUCAAAAGAAAUGAUUCGAAACUUCUGGUAGCGACGGUCAUUGCAACCGUUACAUUUACGGCCGUUUUGAACCCGCCAGGAGGGUUUAAAGACGAUGGAACACCAGUUUUAACAAAAGAAGGAGCUUACAAAGUAUUUAUGUUUUUUAACACGCUUUGCUUCGCUCUCUCAGUGUCGGCGAUAUUUAAUGAAUCCAGUCCUAUAUCUGUCCUGUCAACCCAUCUACCCACACCUACGAGUCUUAUUAGUUAUUCCAUUGCUGGCAUGUUGGUGGCAUUUUGUGCAGCCCUGAUAGCAGUGGAGCCCAAGCGGCCCGGGCAAAGUAUGGUUAACUAUUUUUUUUUUGGCAACGAUGGUUCCGUUAUUGCUUCUCUGCCAUCUCGUAUUGGUGCCGUAAUUGUAGGCGUAGUAGUUUGCAUCCCUAUUUUUAACUCUCUAAGUCAAAUACUCAACGGGGAAACAAGGAUCCACGACCUCAAGAAGCACAUAAUUUAAAAAUAAUUUACAUGGCCUAGAAUCGUGGUGCAUGACAAAGUCAGAAAGGGAAAAACAAUCUUGUCCCUCGAGUAUAGGAGGGAUUCUAGGCCAUGCAAAAUCGUGGGUGGUUGUUUUUUUUUCCUAUUUCAUUGUAAGGCUAUUUAACAGCCAUUAGUGUUAUUCCAAUUCAAUAAGAAUUCUCCCAAUUUACAAGUGUAAUCAGACUUUGCGUUUACAAGA